AUGGCUCAAGCAAACGCCAAGCCUCUAGAUAGCUCCGGUGCUUACCCACCGACUACUAAGCCAGAGGAGAUCAACACCGAAGUUGCCACGUACGCCCUGCCCGCGUCGCAGCUUUGUCCUCUCACGGGACAUACUUACACCGACGUGUCCUUGUCCAUGGCCGUGCCGUCUCCAGCUGUACCUGUUGCUUCUUCUACCUCCAGCGUGCCAUCUGCAAGCUGCAACGACGUUGGCCACUACAUCAACGAGAUUGCCAAGGGCGUGCAACUGGCAGAUGACGACAAAUAUUGCCUGCUGAGGCAGCACUUCUCGCCGGACGCUCGCUACGCGUUCCCAAGACACGAUGGCCGAGCGUUUCAGCAUCGCUGGCUUCAAACCUACCAGCCCUGGUUGGUGUUCAGUGCCACCUGUGGUGGCGGCUUCUGUUUGCCCUGCGUGUUAUUCGCUCGCUCAUAUCGUGGGUCAUCGCUGGGUGUAUUUGCCAGGCGACCACUGAUGAAUUUUCGAAAAGCUUUGGAGUUGCUGGAUGACCACAUGACGAAGCAGUUCCACCGGGACGCAAUAGUACGAGCGGAUGGAUUCUUAUCUGUAAUGGAUGGAAAGAGAGAGAAUGUCAUCCAGCAAACCAACACAGCGCUUGCAGACAAAGUGGCAGUCAACCGCAAAAAGCUGACCUCUAUCAUCAAAGUCAUUCUGCUAUGCGGACGCCAGAACUUCCCCCUGCGUGGACAUCGUGACGCUGGCACUGAUGUUGAGUCCGACGGUGCUGCUCACCAUGGGAAUUUCUGGGCUCUCGUGGAUUUCCGCGUCGAUGCUGGUGAUUCGUGUCUUGGCGAGCACUUGUCAACUGCUCCUGCCAAUGCCACGUACAUGUCUGGCGACAUUCAGAACCAGCUUGUCAGCAUCAUUGGUGAUCACAUCACACGGCAAAUUGUUGCAAGAGUGAAGGCAGCGAAAUUGUUCACGGUCAUCGCAGAUGAAGUAACAGACGUGUCCAAUAAAGAGCAGCUUGGACUCGUGAUUCGCUAUGUGGAGGCAUCCAGUAGAAUUGUUCGAGAGGACUUCGUGACGUUCGUCGAGUGCGAUCAAGGUGUUACGGGUGAAGCACUUGCCAAGGUUAUAGUUGAAGCUAUCCAGCAGCUUGGCCUUGACCUAAGCAACAUGCGGGGACAGUGUUACGACGGCGCUUUUAACAUGUCAGGAGCAACUAAAGGAGUAGCUGCACGGAUUGCACAGAGCUACCCUCUUGCCCUGUACCUGCAUUGUGCUUCACACUGUCUGAACCUGGUGGUUGUGUCGUCGCUGCAAGAUAAUAUGGUCCGCAACAUGAUGGGUGUUGUGGACAGGGCGUUGGUCUUCUUCAACGCGCAUCCAAAACGACAGACUGCUCUGGAGCAUGCAGCGUCAGCCACGCAGCCUGACACAGCCAGCCAGAAGGUGAAGGACCUGUGCAGGACCAGAUGGGUACAGCGGUUAGACGCAUUAGAAGCAUUCCUCAACCUCCUGCCCUCCCUCGUGGUAUGUUUCCAAGAGAUUUCCGAAGCGCCUGCUGCUGCAUGGUCCCGAAAUUCACUCAUCGAUGCCAAAGGCCUCCUCUCCCGGGUUACAACCACAGAAUUCGUGAGUGCUCUGGUCAUCACUAACAAGUGCCUUGGCUAUGUGCGUGGGAUAACGUCUAGCCUCCAGUCGGAAGCCAGGGACAUCGCUCAUGCCAUGGCAGAUGUCCACACAGUGCAGGAAACACUCGAGAAGGUACGUGCUGAUGUGGACAAGCACCACGGGGAUUGGUUCAAGGUGGUGGAAUCGACGUGUGCCAAGAUGAACGUCAACCCAUCUGUUCCGAGGUCAUGCGGCAGGCAGACACACCGGGACAAUGUUCCAGCUGACACACCAUCCGAGUAUUACAAGCGGUCGAUCAGCAUACCUCUCCUGAACCACAUGGUAGGAGAGAUGAAAAGCCGCUUCACAAGCCAUCAUCGAACUGCUCUCCAGGCGUUCUGUGUGGUACCUUCGAUCCUGCUCUCGUCGUCAAUUGCCGAAGCAAACACAGCCAUCAACAAGUUGGUUGGGACGUAUUCCGUUGACUUCCCAUCCGCAGCCAGUGUGGAGAGUGAGCUGCAUUGCUGGCACACCAAGUGGUCGAAUGUUUGGAAUGAGCAUGGCGAGCCUGCUAUUCCUACCUCGGCUGCCCUGUCAUUACCUCACGCCAGCCAGAUGUUUCCCAACAUACGUGCCAUACUGCAGCUGCUCUGCACUCUUCCCGUUACGUCCUGCUCAUCCGAGCGUUCAUUCAGUGCUCUGAAGAGGAUCAAGGAUCGCGAGAGGUCAACGAUGGGCAAUGAGCGCUUGACCGGCCUCGCCCUGCUGCACAUUCACCAUGAUAUCCCAGUGAGCAUCGAUGCGGUCAUAGAUGAGUUUGCGCGGCGCCAUCCAAGGCGGAUGCACCUGACAAACAUCUUCGCCACCGCACCUCAAGCUGCUGCACCAGAUUCAGCUUUAACUGUGGGUUCUGACUUGAUUUCCAGUCACCAGUCAACUGCAUACUAUUAA